CCAAUUCAGGGCUAUUUGGUUGAUUUUUGGAAAGCUCCUAAUACCCCAAAAGUUUGAUUAUCAUAAUCACGCCUUCCUUGUACAAGAGGAGAGAAAGUGGGUUGUCAUUCACCCUGGGGAAGAAAAGGACUAUCAUGCCCUUGACACCUACAAGCAUGAUGAUGAUGUAUUUAUCACCCUCCAUCACAGUGUUAAUUCAUAAAGGUAUUUUUCUUUGUAAUGUCCUUAUUUCCUGACAGAAUUACCAAAGUUUGAAAACAGUACUGAUUAUUUUAAAUAGAGCAAGAGAUUGAUGGAGAAACCCUGUUGGGCUUAACAGAAAGGAUGGUGCAGAGAAACUAUUCCCCACAAUGAAACAGCAAGUGAUCUUUUUAAAGGAACUUGAAAGACUGAAGAGAUCGUCUUCAAUGGAACAAGAAACUGGUGUGGAAACCUCUUCGGAGAUUCAAAUGCAUCACACUCAGCAAAAGUGCUGUGAGCCGUGGCCUGCAGUUUUUAGCCUCCCUGAUUUUCCACCAGAACUUAAUGAAUCAUUACAGAGGAAGGAUCCAUCUUUCAAGAAAAAGGAAAAAUCACAUCUGCGAUCACUGCUAAUUCAAGUGUUGUUUGAUAGCAUCACAAAGUACACAUGGUAUCCAAGCCACAAGAUAUACACGGAUGUUCUUGGAAGUCUGAUCAAAAGAUUUCCUUUCCUGAAGGAUACUAGCCCCUCUGGUCAUGAUACCCUUCUGCAUUGUCUGCGUAACAAAUUUAAAAAAGAGAGAAUUCCUUUAGUGCAUUCAUCAGCAGUUCAAGAGAUGAAGAAGAAAUUUGGUGUUAAAAGGAAUGCACUGGAUAUCUCAGUCUCUGAUGGCCUUGUCUCUGAAGAGGAGCAAACAAAAAGAUGCAAGACUGCAAACUUUCCAGUACUCCUGUGUACUGAUAAUCCGGUUUCCACCCAGUCCCAGGAGAUUAUAUUAAACCUGGAAAAUAUUGGAGAAGAUCAAUUAAGUUUUCAGGAGCACAUUACUGUGAUAAAUGCUGAACUACGUAAAAGAUAACCCGACUACACCAACAUAAAAAAUCGAAUGAAAUGCACUCUUUUUAAAAGAGUCGAUUUAAUGACAAAAUCAACACGAGAGGUCAUGGACAUGUUCCCAUUUCUUCGGGUUCCACAACUUCUGCUGCAUGAAGUGAAGAUGCGGUUUGGGAAGGACCUUCAUCUUAAUCUAGAGUCUGCUCUUCAAGUUCUGGCCCCAAACAUCUUAAAUGUGGCUAGACAUGGAAGUCAGAGGGAUGUGCUGAAGAGUUUACUACAGCAAACUGACACAAACACAAAAAAUCUGGAGAAAAAUGCCGCACUGCUAAUCUUACCAUCUUUAUUCAGAGAAAACAGCAAGUUUCUCUUCUGUCUGGACAAUGAAUCAGUAAAGCCAACUCCGACUAUAGUUUUUCAUGAAGCUUCAAACCCCCUCCAUGCAAAAAGAGCCAGCAUCAAUAUGGAGGGUGUCAACAUUGUGAGCGCAGAAAUGGAUGUGAUGGAGGCAAUGGAGUGCCUCUUUGCUACUUAUUUCGUAUUCAGUGUGGAAUACCCCAAGCACAUCACUCACACGAUGAAUUUUGUUGAGCACUACCUGUUUAAACUCUCCAACAGCCAAAAAAAACUGUCUGUCCCAGUGCUCAAAAUGUAUAACCAAUUAUCAUAAUACUUUGAUAUGUCAUGAAUAGUGCUAAUGUAAAAUAUGUAAAUAUGAGGCGAUUGAUGUUAUUCUGAAAUGCUGAUCUGAAUUUGAAUCUGUAAUUACAAUUCUUUAUGAGUGAUAUUAAUGUAAAUGUGUAGAUUUGACGUACUUAGUGUUCUGAAAUGCUGAUCUGAAUUUUAAUCUAUGUAUUCACAUUCUUUAUGAGUGAUAUUUAUAUGAAUUUGUAGAUUUGAAGUACUUCUAUAUCUGUAUAUUUCCAUUGUGAGUUAUAUUAAUAUGGAUUUAUUUGUAGUUUUGAGGGACUUGAUGUUGUUCUAACACUGAUGGGAAUUUAGAUGAAUCUGUAUAUUUGCAUUAUGUUUUACUGCUAGAUUAAUGUAAUUUUGUACAUUUUAUGGACUUAUUUUGUAAUUUGUAGAUGUAGGUGAAACUGUUUUCAUUAUUUAUGAGAUAUUUUUUUAAAUGGUUGAUGUUUUAAUGUUGAUUUGUACAUUUAAAGCCUUGAAUACUUGAAAUUACAGUAGCAUUCUUUCAGUAAUAGUCAUUAUUUUUGUUAAUAUAAAUAAAUUACUAGUUCUAUGCA